UUUAGUCCGCAAGUUAUAUCCCAGCUGUACUGUCAAUAGUGGGUGGGUCUGUGUCGCCUACCUGAUUUUGUCACAAAUCGGCAGAAUUUGCAAGCAAAAUGGAUGAGGAAUACGACGCCAUCGUUCUCGGCACCGGCCUCAAGGAAUGUAUACUCUCCGGUAUGCUUUCGGUGUCUGGAAAGAAAGUCCUACACAUGGACCGCAACAAGUAUUACGGCGGCGAAUCAGCGUCAAUUACUCCCCUUGAAGAGCUUUUCUCUAAAUUCGAGAUCCCAACUGCUGGCCUUGAGGAGUACGGCCGUAGCCGUGAUUGGAAUGUCGAUCUUAUUCCUAAAUUUUUAAUGGCUAACGGCCAACUUGUUAAGCUGCUGAUUCACACAGGUGUGACCCGCUAUCUCGAAUUUAAAUCGUGUGAAGGCUCGUACGUCUAUAAGGCCGGCAAAAUCCAUAAGGUGCCGGCCGAUGAGAAAGAAGCACUUGCAUCGGGUCUCAUGGGCAUGUUCGAAAAGCGUCGCUUCAGGAAUUUCCUCGUGUUUAUCCAGGAGUUCAAUUUCGACGACCAAAAGACGUGGAAAGAGGUCAACCCUAAUACUACAACGUCGCUACAGCUUUACGAAAAGUUCGGCCUGGACAAGGAAACGCAUGACUUCACCGGUCAUGCGCUGGCUUUGUUCAGAGACGACAAUUAUCUUGCACAGCCGUGCGGUGAGCUUAUUCGUCGCGUUAAGCUCUACUCGGACUCACUGGCGCGCUACGGAAAAUCUCCGUACCUAUACCCCCUUUACGGACUGGGUGAGCUACCCCAGGGCUUUGCGCGUCUGUCUGCGAUUUACGGCGGAACAUACAUGCUUGAAAAACCCAUCGACGAAAUCGUGAUGGAAGAUGGCAAAGUAGUCGGAGUGAAAAGCGGUGGUGAAACAGCAAAGUGCAAGCAAGUUUUUUGUGAUCCGACGUACGUUGCCGAUCGUGUCGAGAAGGUUGGCAAAGUGAUCCGCUGUAUCUGCUUACUCAACCACCCCAUCCCAAACACAAAAGAUUCUCUUUCGUGCCAGAUUAUCAUUCCUCAAAAGCAGGUCGGCCGUAAUAGUGACAUCUAUGUUUCAAUGGUGUCGUACACCCAUCAGGUCGCUUCUAAGAACUGGUUUAUUGCUAUGGUGUCCACGACGGUUGAAACAGCCAACCCCGAGGCAGAGAUUAAACCCGGCCUUGACCUUCUUGGCCCGAUCAAGCAAAAGUUUGUCCAUAUCAGCGAUGUCUACAAGCCCAAGGAUCUCGGUGCCGAUAGCCAGAUUUUUAUUUCCCAGUCGUAUGAUGCGACUUCACACUUCGAGACGACAUGCACCGAUGUCGUGGACAUCUUUAGGCGCGCUACUGGUGAGGAUUUCGACUUCUCGAAGGUUAAGCACGACCUCGGCGAUGAACAGGAAUAAGAAGAUUAGGAGAAAAGAAAACUGAAAGGAAUUCAAAGACUUCGCCAGGUUCGAGGGGGCUGAGAGGGAGAGGCACAAACGUGAAGAAAAACUUCAGUGGGGUAGAAUAUAGGGACGGGUUUAUGGUCCGGUGCUGAUGCAGGCAUGACAGAUACGCACUAGUAACUGGCCCAAGCUUGACUCGCAAAAAUUCCAGCCUGAUGCCAGGACUAGUGGUGCUUUAUGGGUGUGGUGACUGUUAGUCAAUUUAUAAUGAACUCUGGCAUGUGAAAGAUGUGACGGAGUGAAAGAGUUAACGCGAUACAGAAAAAGAAAAUAACAAAAUGGACCGAAAACCAAUAGACAAACAGAAAAUGAUAUCGUGUGACAACAAAAAAAAACAAAAGAAAAAUACUGAAGGAAUGAGGGACUGAUAGAAAAACACAUUCGAAUAAGUUGGCAAUAACACACCUAGAGAAAACAAAACACAGAUGGAAGCACGUCGAAUCGAUGGAACUACAGUGUCCACUGUUGGUACGGGCGCAAGCACAUUAGACGAAAAAGAUAUUCCCGAGACAUUCAAUGUUUAUUACAAGCAGUGAUGAUGGACAUGGUUAUAAAUGUCAUUAUGAUUAUUAACGUUAACGAGCAUUACUAUUAUGAUUAUUACUUUUGAUCUUUAUUUUCACAUUGUCAUUAUUUUGUAAGGAAUAUUGUCUUGUCGUCUCGAAAAAUUUUCUUUCGUGGUGGUAUUUUGAUAUAUGAUUAAUAUAGACGACAAAAUAUCCACUAGGCACUCACACUGAUAAACACGACGACGAUACGGAAGCCGGUAAUGGUGAAAAAAAAGGAUGAAGAAAUAUAAACGAUAUUAACACUGGAUGGGAAGAAAAGGCUGCGAUCUGAGGGAGACAAAAAUAACAGUGAAUCCGAGUGAUGGUGAUACGUAGAGCAAUUGCUAUUAAGCAUAUACACUGAGCGUAAUUAUGCCUAGAAAAAACGUAAGUCGUACGAUUCGAUACACUAAUAAAUAACCAUAUAUAUAAAUAAAAACAAAGAGCGAGUGGGUUUAAUCGAUUUGUGAAGGAGGUAGGAAGUAGCUGCAUAUAUAGGGUUGAGAUGAUAAUGCUCUUCGCUAUAACGAAAAUAUGAGUGAGCAAAUGGAAUACAUUGAAAUGAAAGAAACGAGGUAACACCCAUAAAAAUCGAACUAUACACAAACCAUGACGACAAACAAAAAGCCAGCAACAAACACAUAUAAAGAAAUUAUAUUUAGUGAAUGAACCGUAUGCUUAGGGAAAACCGGUAGGGGAGAUGAUAAACCGAGUCUCACGCGGGAUUUACAUAGGACUUCGGAAGUUGUUUUACUCAAGUAAGUUUUCUUCAGCGCACAUUCACAAGCACCUAACAAUGUCAGCAUUUUGAAUUACGAUCAGUUGCAGUAUUUAGCACUACGAAGGCAAAUAUGCAUUAAUUUGAUGGAGCCUUACAAGUGGUUCCUGUGACUAUUGGAUUAUCAAGAAAACGUUCAGAUAAGUUGGAUUUUUACUACGAAAUCCGUAUGAAAAGAUGUAUUUAGUUAUUAUAUCCGUAUCGCUUUAAUUCUCUAAGAGAAUUGUGUCGUCGUCUCUCUUAAAACACACCCGACACAUUCACAUAAAUCCACAAAAAGCACGCAAAUAGUAUCAAUAAAAAAACUUAAAAAUAGUAUCACGAUCCUUUUGAGACUAUAAGCUAUUGUAGGCAUAGAAAGCAUGAAAAUGAAAGAAUAUAAACUACUACAUACGUGAGUAAAAACUACGGGAAAUAUUCUACGAAAAACAUCAAUUAAAAAGCUCCCAAAUAAAGAAAAGCUACCGGAAGUCACCAAAUGAAAACGAAAGUAGCGCCCACUCGUCAAGGCAACAAUGACACUUUCCACUUCGUUCCUAUACUGAAGAUACGCUCGAAGGGAAGAUCAGCGGUCUUUCAGAUGUUUCCCACCUGGCGCCCUUCAUCCUUUCUGUUAGUUGGAGAGAAUAGCGCGGCGAAAAGUGGUGUGACAUAGUAGUUGAUAAUUUCUGAAAAACGUCUGGUAAAAGAAAGUAGCUGAAUGGCGGUUGACAGGAAACCCGCGCAGAAGUAAGUGAAAGCUUCGUCCAUCUAACGGAAACAUUACUUUGGGGCGGUGCAAAGCUAUAGGGAAAGACAGCGGAAUAGGAAAGCGGUACCUAUCUAAAGUAAAUGAUGGCCAGGAGAGCAAAUCUAUAUUUACAUUUAUAACGAUAUAAUAACGGUCAUUAGUAUGUGAAGAAAAAUAGAUCGCAUUCGUCAGAGUAGAUCUGCAUUGCAGCGAAAGGUUCUCGUUAAGAUUGUACUACAUGACGCGUUCGACUCAGCGCACGAUCCAUCAAACCGAUAAUGUGUUUAGUAGUACAUCAUAUUUGCUAUAAAUCUGGCUAUAUAGUCAACUAGCUGAAGGACGAACAGCUUCGAAAAUUACAUCAGUUGCCACAGUUCAUCAGGCAGUUACCGCCGGUUAGUUAAGUUUUAGAGCAAAAAAUGUCGAAAAAUUCUUAUUUUAGGUAGUACAUCACUGCGUCUAUAUGUGUGUACGCUAUGAAUGUCCGAAGACAGACUAAUCCUUUAUCAACAGCUCUCCUUUACUCGAAGAAGCUUACGAUUCUUAAUCAAAAACGAAGUAAUCACUCACUGCGGAUGGAGAUAGGUACCUAUAGAUACCACUAUAUAAAUCUUAUUAAUAGAUCAAUCAACGUAGCGAACACACGAAGAAUACAUUGGGCAAACGUACUUUUUCGCCUAUUCUACCACCUAAUUUCGAUUUAUCUAGCACAAAUCGACAGCGCAAGGGAAAUGUCUGGCGUGCAUAACCGUUAAUGCAAAUAACAGAAGAGUGACAAAUAGCAUUAUCGGUAUAUAACGACGCAGUCUAUGGUAUACGAAUGGGCAGGUAAAUAAACGAGACAUAUACAAAGCAAAGCAGUCGCGUGCUCGAUUGUAACUCACACGAAAAAAUAGGACUAGCCGGAUAGAGGAUUCAGCUGCUGCUGCAGCAGGAUCCGUCAACAAAAAUUAAGCAAAAAGACAAAAAGCACUGCAAGUGGUCGCAAUACCACUGGUUUUUAGAGGUCUGUCUAAACUUGAGAUCUUAUGGAUACUUUAGUAUGAUUAUAAGUUUGCAUCUGGCACGUAUCGGGUUCACCUGAUGUACGCUGUUCUGUAUCUUAGCUUUCGUGUAAAUAAAUUUGGCCUUCUUGGGUUUGUUGAAACUA